AUGACACUACUUCAACCUCCUAAAUCUGCUUACAGUAAAGCUAGCCAAAAAAUAUGGUUCACUUAUGCACAAAACGCCAAUUGUUUUCAACAAGGGCUUUUAGGCCUCACAGACUCAUACAUCGCCGGAAACCUGUAUCUCCGAUUUCCCGAAGCGGAACCUCUAAAAGCUAAACGAAUUGAAGUGUCCAUUACAGGCACCGAGUACGUCCAUUGGACCGAACAAGUUCUCAGAACUCGUUGUGUAUAUGAUGCCAGCACCAACACAUAUCGAACCGUAACUUAUUAUGAGACGAUCCAUUAUCUCCACGAACAACAAAUUUUGAAUAGAUCGUUAUUGCUAUGGGAAAGCAAAAGUUUGAAGGAUAAUGGAACGUCGAAUAAAAAACUUCCCGAAAAGAUUACGAAAAUGAAUCUUCCAUUCCAGCUUUCGUUGCCUGAUGAUUUGCCACCGUCAAUGAAUUUGGUAGUUGGGCGCAUCUAUUAUAAUGUGAAUGCUAAAAUUAAGAGGAAACGUAAUUUUUGGAAAUUCCAAGGUUCAAAUAAAUCGGUUAAGUGUAGUUGUCUGAUUACACGAUAUAGUCCAAUGCCUAUGCCGGCACCUGUUCGGUGGGUCGAAUGGGAUAAUUCAAAAGCUUGGAAACGUGGUGUGGGUUAUAAUAUCUCGAUGGCAUAUGAUACAUUUGGACCUGGGAAUCCUAUUAUCGUGAAAUUGGCUCUUAAAUUCUUAAAACCGGAUUCAAAAAUAAAAGAAUUAUUUGUUGGAUUGAAAGAGUAUAAUUUGUUUCGCGCUUCAGGAGCAACAAAACUUAACAAAGGAUAUGUGAAGGAAAGAAGAAUACUAGGAAAUCAGUUUCCAAAAAUUUUGAAUGCCAAAAAUGAGUGGUCGAGUGUUUUGAGAAUUGAUGCGUUAGACAAAGUUAGUUGGACUACUGAAAGAUAUCACAUUAAUGUGUAUCAUAAAGUUAAAAUUAAGAUUAGGUUUGGAAUUUUUGGACCAAAAAACGUUAAUUUAGAAAGAAAGGUCAAUAUUGAGAAUAUCGCGAAUGUUAGUAAUUAUGAGUAUAAGAAUAGUGAGUGA